AUAAUAGAUUGUGAUUGAUGAAGACGCCUACCAAAUAAUUGACUUAAUCUUUAAUCAUCCCCUUGAUUAUUUCCAUCAGUCAACUAAUUUAAUUUCACUGUGUUUCCAGCAAUUUGUCAAGUAAAAUUAGAGGUUAAUCAUUACACCAAAUCUUCAAAUUCAAUUGAAAGGAGUCAUUGUUUUGUUUUUGUGUCAUCAUCUUUUUUGUAUCAUCUCAUAAUUUUCUUGUUUGUUUACAUUUAUUUUUAUUAUUUUUUUUUCUCAUCUUCUUUUCCUUUUCCAAUUGUUAAUCACGAGGAAUUAACUGUCAAUUGAUUUAUUUUAAUUUUACUCCUUUUCAAGCAAUUAAGAAGAGCAGAAAAGUGUUUACCAAGAUGCCUUUAACUCCUGCAACUACUCCUAGUGAUGAUAAGCAAGAAAAGCGACUUGAUGAAUCUCUUGGUAAUGUUAAGAUUCAGUCAUUCCAUAUGAAAUGCUGCCUGGACAAGGGUAAAUUGAUGGAAGCUUUGAAACAUGCAUCCAAUAUGAUUACUGAAUUAAGGACAAAUCAAUUGAGUCCUAAAUCAUAUUAUGAAUUAUACAUGGCUGUUUGUGAUCAAUUAAGACACCUUGAGAUGUAUCUUCUAGAUGAAUUCAAUCGAGGCAGGAAACUGGCUGAUCUUUAUGAGCUUGUUCAAUAUGCUGGUAAUAUUAUUCCCCGAUUGUAUCUAUUAAUUACCGUUGGUCUUGUCUACAUGAAAACUACACCCGGAAGCCGUCGAGAUAUUUUAAAAGAUUUAGUUGAGAUGUGUAGAGGUGUCCAACAUCCUUUAAGGGGUUUGUUUCUGCGUAAUUAUCUUCUACAAUCAUGUCGUAAUAUACUUCCUGAUGUAACUGUUGAAGAAAUUUGUGGUGAUGGUGAUGGUAAAGAAGAGCAUUCUGGUACCAUUGAGGAUUCAAUUGAAUUUAUUUUGCUAAAUUUUGCUGAGAUGAAUAAACUUUGGGUACGAAUGCAACACCAAGGGCACACUCGAGACAAGGAUAGACGGGAAAAGGAAAGGCUUGAAUUGCGACUUCUUGUUGGUACCAAUUUGGUCCGAUUAUCUCAUUUGGAAAGUAUUGAUAUCGAACGUUACAAAGCGGUUGUAUUACCUGGUAUUCUUGAGCAAGUUGUCUCAUGUAGAGAUGGUAUUGCUCAAGAAUAUCUCAUGGAAUGUUUAAUUCAAGUAUUUCCCGAUGAAUUUCAUCUUACAACAUUACAACCAUUUCUUCAUUCAUGUGCUAAGUUGGUCCCUUCUGUUAAUGUAAAGAAUAUCAUUAUCGCACUAAUCGAUCGACUGGCCUCAUCCAAAGAUAUUGAGCUACCUGAUGAUCUAUUUGAUAUUUUCUCUGCUCAAAUAUCCAACAUAAUCCAGUCAAGACCAGACAUGAUAUUGGAAGAUAUUAUUCUGAUGGAAGGAUCAUUGAUCAACUUCUCGAUUAAAAAGAUAAACAAUGAAUCUAAACGGGAAGAAAGUAUUGAUUCAGUUCUAGGAUCGACUCUGAAUGUCAUCAAGGAGAAAUGCAAUAAAUCGCGAAUUCAAUAUCGAACUAAUAUUGGUAAAGAGUUACUCAAAUUUUUGAAAUUACCAAUAACUCAUGGUAAUCAAGAUGGUCAAACCUCUGGUAUCGCUCCGAUAAAAAUGUCCCUUAAAUUGAAAAAUUUCAAGAACCUUCUUAAAGAUGUUACCGAUUCCGAUCUACAGAAGCAAAUUACUCUUUCCUUGCUUAAUUCUGCUUUAGAUUCUGGAAUUGAGGAUAAAAUUAUUGAAGAGAAUCGUUUAACCUUGGAGGAGAUUGAAACUUUCCUCAGUGAACUUUGUGAUCCUCUUGUUAAAGGACCAAAUCCAGAGGAACAUGAUGGUAUUUUGGAUGAAGACUUUGUAGAUGAACAGAUUCUACUCUCUCGAUUUAUUCAUUAUUUACUUUCACCUAUUUGUGUAGCCGAUGAUGAUCUUGAUUUACAAUAUCUAAUUCUAUCAUCAUGUAAAAAGAUCCUCACUCCAGGAGGAUCGAAACGAAUUCGUUACACUUUUCCAUCUUUAGUAUUCGAAUCACUAGAUCUUGCUUUAAGAUACUCUGGAUCGAAAGAAGAUUCAAAAUGGGAUAAAAAAUGUACCAAAAUAUUCCAAUUUGUUAAACAAACAAUUUCCGCUCUCAGCGACAGUAAUUGUCCCGAUUUAUGCCUCCGUUUGUACCUUCAAGCUGCAUUGAACGCGAGUAAAGUUGGAAUCGAGACAAGUGAAACUGUCGCUUACGAUUUUGCAGCAAAAGCUGUUUCCAUAUACGAAGAAGAGAUCAGCGGAUCAAAGGAGCGAUUUGCGUCAUUAAUGUUGAUCAUUGGCGCUGUUAAAGAGAUGGGAUUCAAAUCUAUCGAUGAAGAUGAAGAUAAUUCAUCAUCUUUAAAACAAAAAUGUCCUCUUUUCGCCUGGUUGCCUCGCGCUGGUCUUACAUUGGUACAAAAACCAGAUCAAGUUCGAGCACUUCUAAGUUCAAGUCUUUUAUUUUGUGAUAACCCAACAUCAUCAGAUGCCAUUAAAUGCAUAAAAACAAGUGACAAAAUAACCUCAUCAUUGAUGGACAAUGAUUUAAAAUUACAACUUUACAUCGAGAUACUUUCCCAUACAACAUUACUGAUUGCUCCAGAUAAUCACGAACUGGUUAAACUGAUGAAAGAUAUAAACGAGAAGAUAAUUGAACAAAAAAAGGAGAUUAUCCUAUCGGAAUCAUUUGAGAAACAAUAUGCUAACACAUUAGAAUUCAUUAAAAGUAAAGAAAUAUCCCUCCAAUGAUAAUCUAAUUCUCGAGAGGUUGGAUCACCAAUUUAAAAACAAAACAAAGUGUUUAAAAUCCUACAAAUAGAUGACAACAUAUAAAUAUAUAUUAAAUAUAACAAUCAAUGAAUCUAGAGGAGGAAAGUUAAUCACAAUACAAAAUCAUACAUUCGUUUGUUUUAUCAUCUAAAAAAAAAACUAAUAAUAAUCAAGCACAAAGAGAGAGCCUAAAGUCAAUCUAAUAGCCCAUUUUGUAUCAGCAAAUUGUUGUUGUUUCAAGUGUCAAUUUCCUUUGUCUUUUUAAAUCAAACGUUUGUUUAAUUGUCUUCUCUUCUCUUUGCAAACAAUCAACUUAAAUCAACUUCUAAUUAGCAACAAAAUACUUCAAUUAAUUGAUGUUUUUUUCCCUUCUCAUUGCACAAAAAACUUUUUCUCUCAUCUUAACAUAAUCCAAACCAAUUAUUGGUUCCAAUUUGGAAAACGGGAACUUGUAUGUAACUCAUUUAAAUGGUAAUUAAAUUAUAAUAGUUCUUAUUGGAGCAUAAUUUCAAUAAAAUUUUAUCCAACAAUUAAAACUUUAUUUUGAUGAAAACAA